CAUUUUAUUUAUUUAUUUUGUCAUUAGUACUUUUACUUUAUCUAGUCACCAUGAAUGUGUGCAGCAGAUGCAAGAUGUCAUAUAAUGAUGGUGUGCAGUGCUCUUCCUGUAAAAGCAAUUAUGACUUCGGUUGUUCCGGCAUCACAGAACAAGGCUACAGAAAGUUGGGUGCUGAUCGAAGAGCGAGUUGGAGAUGCGCGAGCUGUAGAGGCACGUCACCUGUACGAGGCGAGGAAACUGUAUCCCUCGAUAGGAUCUUCAACGAGAUUCUUGAUAUGAAGCGUCAGCUUACCAAUUUGCCUGCAUUGCUUGAUGAAGUGAAAUGUAUAAAAAAUGAGCUGCAGGACCUGCGAGCAUCCUGUGAGUUUAAUAGUAGCAAGCUGGAUGAAUGUACCACGAGGAUUGAAGCUGUAGAGGCUAGGCUACCAGAGGUGAACCAGCUUAGAGAAGAACUGGCGGCGACUCAGGAUGAUCUCGUAAAAUGCAGGCAUUCGCUUGCGACGAAAGAACAAUGGUUGCGUCUUAAUAAUGCAGAAAUUAAAGGAGUGCCCACCAAGAAAGAUGAAAAUCUGUUCGAUAUUUUAGACUCAAUUGGUAAAUUUAUUAAGUGCCCGAUUUCUAAGACGUAUAUAAAUCAUAUAGCUAGAGUACCGCAGCACAACAGUAAAGAAAAGUCCAUCAUCGUUAGCUUUACUAACAGAUAUAUGAAGGAGGAGUUUGUGGCUGCGGCGCGGUCAAUGAAAAACUUGAAAUCGAGUGACUUUGGCUUUCGGGAUAGCACGCAGCGAGUUUUUGUAAAUGAUCACCUAACGACGGAGUCUAAAAACCUGCUGACAAAGACGAAGUCCGUCCUCAAGGAUAAGAUGGGAUAUCGUUAUGUGUGGGUGAAGUAUUCCAAAAUACAUGUUCGUCAAAAUGACAUUUCUAAAAUAUUUAUAAUUAACUCCGAAAGUGAUUUAAACAGACUGUCUUAGGCUGCUUGCUAUUUGUUUAUUAUGUUAAGUCAUUGUUUUUUAUUAUAUUAUAUUAUUUAAGUGUCAUUGUGCUGUUGUGGUAUAGUUGUAUCGAGUUAUCGAUGAGUAUGUUUUUGGUAAUUGAUUACUACUUAAAUUUAUUCAUACAUAACAUUAAAAUGUUUUUCAC